AUGGAUGCUGUAACUGGAAAAAACAAGGAAUUUCAAAAACAGAAUAGGCAUACAGACGUGAAUUUAUCUGAUUUGAUAACUUACAUAAACAAGAAUGAGCCAUUGUUUGAUGGAAGUAACUACUUAAAAACUGGUAACUUUCAUUCAAAGAAAAUCGAAGAAUGUAUAUCAAAAAAUGAUUUUCAAUACGUUUCUUUUAAAGAAUUUUUAAAUAAUUCUUCUUUCUCUGUCUUGGAUCAGUCUCAAAUUGAAAUUAAAAGACAAGUUAAUAUUCUUAAAGAAUUAAAAGAUUCUGAUCACAUCAUAAGAUUCUUUAAUUGUAGAAGCAUUAUUAUGGAAAUUGCAGAACUGAAAAAAUCACAUUCUGAUCUUAAUAAAUCAGAAAUACUUAUUAGUAUUAGAAAACGUGUUCAUGACAAAUAUCUUAUAGAUCAAGAACCACAAUGGCGUUCUACAAUAUUUUUUAUUUGUCAUAAUCAUUCAAUAUCUAAACCAACUAGAAUUCUCUCUGUUGAAAAAGCAAUUCAGGAACAUAAGUCAAAUAAUGGAAAUAAACAGUUAGUAUGGCAAAGUUUUAAACAUCAUUUAGAAACUAAUAUUGAUGCAAAAUAUUGGAGAAAUUCUUAA